GGAUUUCAUUUCACCCGCACACUGUCGUCAUCCUGUGUUCCCUCCCUCCAUCCCUCUCCCACUUACUUGCUUGCACCUGCACGCACUUAUUCACGCCCUCGCCAGCUCUGGUGCAGUAAAACCCCAACAGGUCGUCGCAACGUGUUGUGCUCGAGUUUGUCGCAAGCCUCUCUGAACGACACAACCAUCAACACAGCUGCCGCUCUCGUGUCGCCAUCCACCAAGCCGCCACGAUGUUGUUCGCCGUCUUCUUCGCCUUUUGGCGCUUCAUGCAGAUCCUCACGCUGAUCCCCACGAUGGGCAUGCUCGCCUACUUUGUGCACGCCUUUGUCGAGCGCAACCAGCUCACGCCGGACCUGUACCUCGUCAUGUUCAUCGUCAGCACGAUUGCCCUCGCGUGGGCCAUCUACACGCUCUUCAGCUACCACCGGUCCUCGGCCAACGCGCUGGCCGUGGCGGUCGUGGACCUGGGCUUCGUGGGCGCCUUCAUCGCGGCGGUGUGGUACAUGCGCUCGGUCGCCAACGCCGACUGCACGCGCGUCGUCAUCGGGCAGGACAGCUGGACCAUCGCGGGGUCCGCGGGCAGCCUGACGGUCAACGGCGCCAGCGUGGACAUCAGCACCGACAAGACGUGCGCCAUGCUCAAGGCGUGCUUCGCGUUCGGCAUCAUGAACUGCAUCAUGUUCUUCUUCACCAGUGUCCUGGCGUGGUGGCACGGCGACCGCCUAAGCUCGCGGCGCGACUCGGGCCGCCGCAGCAGCAAGAACACGUACUACACCCGCGAGACGCACGUCCACCGCCACGGCCACCGCAGCCGCAGCCGCAGCCACGGCGGCAGCCGGCGCAGCUCGCACCACUCGCACCGCAGGGCGUACGUCUAAAGGCACACGUGCGCGUGGAUACGAAGCUUGUUUUGCCGAUGUGUGUGCGUGUGUGUGUGAGCUUCUGGAAAAGGCAGGAGUGUGUGGAAUGACAAGACUUGGGCAUCAAGGCAGAACUGUUACGAAGGUCGAGCACUCGCUGGCUGGUUAUGUGUUCAAUCGAGGCCCAUGCGGCAGAGAAUUGAGAACCACCCAAGCCAGCAGUAGUCAAGGUGGAAUGGUCAUGUUUUACAAAUGCAGGGGGUUUUCUAACGACUUAACGCCCUUAAUGUUGUCACGGUAGCGCUGUAUCAGCAGAGUCCUUUGACCAGGCGUCUCGAUGAUGGAGGAAAGUCUGUAUAUAAUAGUCUACGGUGCUUAGUGUUAAAUCUAGGAUGCAUGGUACAACUGUUGACAAUUCCAGACAUCAACCCUAGUUUGUUGAAGUCGUGCAAAGUACCGUAA